AUGUCUUGGAACUACCCCAAAAAGACCGAACGGAAUGCUGAUAGAGCUCAACAGCAAGGCGGUAUAUACGCUAUCAGGACGGAUGAUGCUGCUAAGUCAGAUACUUUGAUCAGAGGUAAAUGUGAAAUUGGUGGUAAAGCGUUAACUACAUUGUAUGAUACUGGAGCAUUUCAUUCAUUCUUAGGCUUUAAUAAAGCUGCUGACUUAGGGUUAACGGUGUCGGCAUUGUCAUUUGAUUUACAUCUGCAUACUUCUACUUCUAAAAUUGUGGUGACUAAAAUAGGAUGCCAAGAAGUUCCUUUUAGGGUGAAAAACCGAGAAUUUGUUCAUGAUUUUAUCUGUUUGUUAAUAACUGAGUUAGACUUGAUUUUGGGCUUGGAUUGGUUAUCGAUGAAUCUGGUGUUGUUGGAUUCCUUUGAGCGUUCUAUCUGGUUUAUGUCUGAGGAAUCAGAAGGACCGGUGGUGGCGCGAAGUUAUUAUUUAAAUGUGGUGAAAGUGAAUUGUAGUGGGACAGAGUGCCAAGGAUUUAUCCUUUUUGCUGCAAAUUGUUUAGGAGAUGAGCAAGACUUAGACCGAAUACCAACCGUGAGAGAAUUUUCCAAAGUUUUUCCCCGAAGAUAUACCCGAGUUUUCACCUCAGAGAGAGAUUGA